AUGAGUAAAUCUAUGGGAUCCAAUCUUGUGGAUCCAUUUCAAGGUCAAUCUAUCAUGUGUCUAAGUGCUCGUACAUUCAGAGAUUUAACAAAUGUUGAAAAAUCGAAGGACCUCGAAGCAAUUCACCAGCAAAUGGUUUCAAUGGUAUUAAGAAGCCCCUUCAAGGUUUUGGAGAAAGCAAAACUAGUUAUAGAUGGAAGUUCAGAGCUCCUGAACACCAAAGAGAACAAUGCCAAUGCAAAUAACAAGGAAAACCUUCAAGAGCGAAGACCAGCUUUGACACGGAAACGUGCUCAAUUCUCUUUGAAGCCAGAUACAAGCCAACCUUCUACGACCCUGGAACCAAGCUUUCAAAUCGACCAGCUGCAGAACCCAGACGAUUUUUAUGCCGCAUAUGAGAAGUUCGAAAACACCAGAAAAGAAAUGAAGAGGCAGAGAGGUGGUGAAGACCUAAAUGAGGUCAAAAUUUCCAUGGAUGCUAGACGCCGUCGUCCCGAAAUAUCACGGAGGAAAGUUAGCUACAAGCACCAUGAUUACUCCACAAACUCUGAAAGUGCUAUGUUAUCCUCCCAAGAGAUAUUGCAAGAGGAUAUAAGAAACCCACCUACUCAAGACUCGGAACAAGAAUCUGUCAUUCUUAAUGACUCGCAGGAUGAAAACUUAGCUGGACCUGUAACUAAGAAGGAGAACAGGCUCAACGAGCUCUUUGAUGAACUAAUAUCCAGUGAUAUCCACAGAUUAGACGGGAAUGAGGCAUUGUCCCUUCUGAAAGAUCGUUUGAAGAUCAAACCUGUUGAUAUAGACAAUUUAGACUUACCUGAUUUCCACGAUGUUGGUAGAUUUGAUUUUGUUUCUCAUGGAAAGAACUUGCUAAAAGACCAGAACAGAUUAUCUGGUAUAUGUACCCUGCCAGAGGGGUUAAUAAGCAAAACACCUGGAAAGCAAAAGGAGCCUUCCACAAGCCCCCAUCAUCUUCUCAGUUCACCCACUCCACCUAGGCAUCCGCUUUUGACAACAUCAACAUUUGGCAAACGUUCGCCGAACUCAAUUUCAGUGAUUGAUCAAUUGCCAGCCUGUGACAUUGAUUCAUCUCCGAUCACCAGGUCUCUUGAAAUUACCGGUGGACAGUUGGAUCAUGGCAGCAAGGGCACUGAGUUUCCCGCUUCUGGCACAUUCAACUUGUUGGCAAAAGACAAAGUUAUGAGCAGUCCAGUUGUUGCAGUUUCACCUAAGAUGUCAACAGGAGCUGCAGUGAAUUCAUCUCAAAAGUCCCCCCAUAAUAAAAUGCAUGAACCCUUUGGUACAAGACUCGCAGGAGCUAUGAUUGGCUUGGAAGAUCAUGAUCAAUGUGAUAUGACUGUAGACAAGGAAAUGGAUGCCGACACAGACACCCGUAUUCAACCAAAUGAAGGCAGUUCAACAGAAGGAAAUGUUGAAGAUAUUGUGCAAAAAGCAGCAUCUUCCACACAAUCUAAUUUUUAUAUGGAGGGUUAUACUGAUAAUGUUCAGCUGCAUAUCAUUGGAGACAUCGAGGAGAAUGUUGAAGAUGAGCACCAAAAAGCACGAUCGUCCAUGUCACCAGAAGUAAAUACCGAGGUCUCCAAGGAAGAAAACUUGGAAAGAAACAGCUGCCAGCCUGGUAUUAAAUCUACAGAAGAUAAUGCAGCAAUCACAACCUCUCAAAUUUCAGAUAUUGAUCCAGAAAACCAACAUGAGCACCAGCCAAAGCCAACAAUUAACAAAAAAAAGAAGACAAGCAGACGUUUGCCUGAUCUUAGGAAGACGCGGCAAAGCCUUGCAGAUGCUGGCACAUCUUGGACAUCUGGUGUAAGACGGAGCCAAAGAGUUAGAAGUAGACCUCUUGAAUAUUGGAAGGGCGAACGAUUCUUAUAUGGGAGAGUACAUAACAGCUUGCCAACUGUAAUAGGGCUGAAGUAUAUGCCAAGCAAUAAGAACGGAAAGCCAGAUUUCAAGGUGGAAUCAUUUGUCUCAAAUGAGCAUAAAGAACUCGUUGAUUUGGUCGCUUUGCAUUAACAACAUACCAUUCAACCAUGUGUUGUAUGGCUUUGCUUUAUUUCUCUCUUUUUGGUUGUUGCAUGUCAAUCAAAAUGCUUGUAAUAUCGGUUAUCACCCAUUACUGGAUAAAUUCUGAAAAGAAAUCAGUUUUUUUUAUU